AUGACUGCCGAGGAAAUUAGGGCUGAAGCUGGAAAUUAUGACAAAUUUCCAGUAGGUCUUCGUGUUCUUGCGGUUGAUGAUGACCCAAUUUGUUUGAAGUUAUUGGAGACUCUGCUUAGAAAAUGCCAGUACCAUGUUACUACAACAAGUCGGGCAAGGAUGGCAUUGAAAAUGUUGAGGGAAAAUAAAGACAGAUUUGACCUGGUAAUCAGUGAUGUGCAUAUGCCAGACAUGGAUGGUUUUAAGCUUUUGGAGCAUGUUGGUCUUGAAAUGGAUCUGCCUGUUAUUAUGUUGUCUGCGAAUAGUGAUCCAAAACUUGUAAUGAAAGGGGUUAAUCAUGGUGCCUGCGAUUAUUUGGUGAAACCUAUCCGAAUUGAGGAGCUGAGAAAUAUAUGGCAACAUGUAAUCAGGAGAAAAAAGCCCGAUUCCAAUUCCCAAAACAAAUCCACUGCUCAAGACAAGGCUAAUCAAGCAAGUGGAGGUACUGGGACUUCACUGGUAGGUAAUCCCGAUCAGAAUGGGAAACUUAAUAGAAAGAGGAAAGAUGAUGAAGAUGAGAGUGACGAUAAUGAACAUGAAAAUGAAGACGCUGCAACGCAGAAAAAGCCACGAGUGGUAUGGUCUAUUGAGCUGCAUAGGAAGUUUGUUGCAGCAGUGAAUCAACUGGGCAUUGAAAAAGCCGUUCCUAAAAGAAUCCUUGACAUGAUGAAUGUUGAAGGGCUUACUCGGGAAAAUGUGGCAAGCCAUCUUCAGAAGUAUAGGCUUUACCUGAAAAGGAUCAGUUCAGUUGCAACCCGACAAGCGAACAUGGCUGCAGCACUAGGGAUUAAGGAUUCUCCUUUUAUGCGUAUGAGUUCACUUGACGGGCUUGGAGAUUUCCGAACUUUGGCUGGAUCGGGAAGAUUUGCAAAUGCUGCCUUACCUCCUUAUACAACUAGACUAAAUAGUCCUGCUGGUGUAAACCUUCGGGGCCUUACUCCUUCUACACUCAUCCAACCAAAUGUUGCGCAAAACUACAGCAACUCCAUCAGCGCUCUUGGGAAAAUUCAUCCAGCCAUUUCAGCUGCAAACCAAAAUGCAAGUUUAUUUCAAGAAAUUCCAUCGUCAUUGGAACUGAAUCAGUUACAACAAAGUGGGUGCACCACGGGCAUUGGGAAUUUCAAUUCUAUGAAUGACCCAAGAAUGUUAACAGCUUCCAGUACAUUCAAAGACCCCAGAGAAGCAGUUGGUAGCUCAAGCAACUCUUUAAUCCCUGCUCCAAAUAAUCCUAUGGUACAACAUGGGGACUCCCAGCUAACAUUGAAUGGGGGAGAAUUUGAAAAUCAAUCUUCUCUCAACAUGGUUCCUUUUAAUGCUGAACCCUAUAACGUUGGUGUCAAUUGUUCCUCUAAUUUUCUGGAUAAUAGUAAAUGUAAUGAGAACUGGCAAAGUGCCAACCAAUUACCUAAGUUGCAGUCCAUUUCGUUGAUUUCUACUGAUCCUUUUCAUGGUCAGAUGGCUCUGAAUAGGGUGAGAGACAAUAAUUCUUCGAAUGGUCCUCAAUUACAGCACAACCCAUUUGAUAUUUCUUCGACCACCAUGGUUUCAGAAUCUCCCAAAGAUUCAAGGGAGGUUCAAUGUCAAGAAGGUUUGGUUGGCAAUAUUCUUCAUAACAUGAACCAAGCACCAAACCAGGGAUGGGGAGAACAAAAACAGAAUUAUAGCCUCACCUCAAAUAAUGCAUUUGGUUCCUUGAAUUCCCAUAUUCCUUCCAAUGGCAUUGCAUCUCCCUUGGGCCAGGGUUUGGACCAGAGUAAUGGAAUUUUCAAUGGAAAGAUGGACAUGUUCUUAAGUGGCCAAUCAAAUGAAGGUGCUUCAACUCUUAUGCAGCAGAAUGAGAUUGAAAUUUCAACUACUGGGUCAAGAAUGAGAUCCAACGGAAACUUUCUUUUGGAGCAAACGAAGCUGCGAGGUGGUUUUGUUCCUCAAAGUUAUCAUUCCUUGGAUGAUCUAAUGAAUGUAAUGAUCAAACGGGAACAAGAUGGAACCAUGUCAGAUGGUGACUUUGGAUUUGACAAUUACUCUUUCGGAGAAGUUAUAUAA